UUUUCUCUUCCUUUGUGAUUGUCCUGCCCAAGGAACUAACCACUGUCUUCUGGUAGUAUUUCUCCUCCUUAUUCUUAUUUGGUCCAAAAUCUGAAGAGGUCUAGAACAGUUGACACUUACCUUGCAGAUUUCCUGGGAAUGAGCUUCAUCACUUUGCAAGUGUUUGUAAGGUAUGAGAGUUACCAGAUGGCUUCCUUCUUUCAGUGAAAUUCCAGGAUCAAAAGUACUUCUAUUAGGUGGGAGACCAGCCGGGGUUUGCAAAACCUGGACCCUGACAUACUCAUUUAAUAGUUUGAAGAGUAAAGAGCAGGUUGACAAUACAUAUGGCAGAAAGGGCACCCCAUCACCACCAUCUUCUUCCCCCUCAUCAACCCUCCACUCAUGACCAUGCUUCCUUUGAGGGAGUUAGGUGGUCAAUAAGAGAAGUGCCUCCCUCCCACUACAUGCUUCACAUUGAAUCUUUCUCCAGUCUUACUCUCAUGUUGUCUGAUGGCGGCGGAACCCAGUUUUUCAAGUCCCAAGUUUUCCAUGCCUGUGGCCACAAAUGGACAUUUUCUGUGUACCCAAAUGGGGACGUGUACAGGGGCAGCAAGGGAAACAUCUCUGUGUUCUUGAGCAUUGAGGACACAGAUGCCCUCCCUCUUGGCUGGGAGGUCUAUGCCGACUUGAAGUUCAUUCUCUUUGAUCAGCGCCGCGACAAAUACUUGGUUUUUCAAGACAACAAAGUGAACCGGUUCCACGUGUGGAGAAAGGAGUGGGGCAUUCCCAACUUGGUCUCUCGGAGGGCUUUCGAGGAUGCUGGGAAUGGGUUUCUUGUGGGGGACGAGUGCGUGUUCGGCGUGGAAGUUUUUGUGCUCAAGUCCGUGUUUGGAGGAGAGCAUUUGAGCCCUUCUCUCAGGCUUGACAAAACCUUCACUUGGAGGCUAUCCGACUUUGACCUUUCAAGCUCCCAACAAGUUCGUCGUUCCCAUGCCUUUCUAGCUGGCUCCUUCCAAUGGGUGGUGGAACUCUCCGCUGAAGAGGAGUAUCUGGCUCUGCAUUUGAAACUUGUUGAUUCCAAAGAUACAUCAGCCAGGCUGCUUGUCAAUUUCAUGAUGUCCAUACGAAACCAGCUGUCCGGAAAAGAUAAGACAGCCAAAGAUUGUGGAUGGGUCACGGCAAAAUCUGCGCGGGGCUGGUCUAAGUUCAUACCUCUAAUUGAUCUGCAAGAUCCUUGCAAAGGGUUUCUGGUUGACAAUUGCAUCGUAGUCGAAGCACACAUCAAGAAUGUGUCAAUAGUCCACAGCUAGUUCCUGCAACUGGCUACUAGGAAUGUGUCAUUUGAUCUGCUGAUUUUUUGGAAUGUACAACUCCAAAACUGAUGUGUUGGUGUCUUUUGACAUUAGUGUUUUUUUCCUUAACAAGUUGUUUGUGAUGUUUUUGUUUAAGUUCUUGGCAUUGCCAAU